AUGUCUCCCAAGGAUACCACCAGUCAAGCACGCCGAGCCAGCAUCCGCGCUCCAAAGGUCGGCCACAAGAAAUCGAGGAAAGGCUGUCAAACCUGCAAGAACCGACGGGUGAAAUGCGACGAGGCAACCCCAUCAUGUGGCUCAUGUCUUCGCCUCGGACUAGACUGUAUAUACGCCCCCGUGGAGCCCGUCAAGUCACGCCCCAAGUCGCAAAGUGCAGAAACGACCUCCCGUCCGAUCAAGAAGGAACCGGGAGCCUCAGCUUCGCAGGGGAGCCCAACGACUACCAACGGUGACACUUUCUCUCAGCCAAGCGCGGUGACGCCCAUGCACGAAACACCAUCUGAGGAAUCUGAGCAGAGACGCUAUAUGGAGCUUCGUUUACUCCAUCACUGGAUGUUGCAAGUCUCGCGAAAGUUUGGAAUGACCUCUCCGACCGAGUGGCGAGAGCUGUGGUACGGUGAGGUGCCUCAAGUGGCUCUCUCACACAAGAAUGUUCUAUAUGCCAUGUUCACCAUGACUGCAACUCACUUGCUUGGUACGGGCGGCCACGAUGGAGCUCUUUUCCAAGCUCGCGAAAGCUAUUGGGUGGAGGCUUUAAGGGAACAGCGGAGCGCGGUUUCUGACUUGGACAACUCGAACACCGAUGCAGUCGCCUUCGCAGCUUUGCUCAUAACGAUGAAUGCGCUUGCCAUGCUUCAAGAGCGCAGUCUUGAUCCAUAUACCCCACCGAUGGAUUGGCUAGAGGUUGGCCGCGGCGCUUUUACAGUUUUGCCGCCUCCGGAGAAUGUGGCGGAUGGCACCGGGUUGAAGAUUCUGAUGGAGACCACCGCUCCCAUCUGGCAGGCAACCUUGACUUUCGACUCUGAAAUGCAGAAAGACUUCGGAGGCAUACUCAAUCGCGAUAUACCUUCUGUCGAUGUUUGGGACCAAGACACCAUCGAGAGCUAUGAGACCGCGUUGAGUUAUAUUUGGUCCUUUCGACGGGCCAUCGUGGCCGGGGAGCCCGCAGAUAUCAAUCUCAGAUGGAUAUGCAUGUUUCCGUUCAUGGUGCCUCGAAAGUUCAUCGAUUUCGUUGGCGAAGGGCGUCCACGAGCACUCGUAAUUCUGGCCUAUUUCUUCGCAGUCAUCUCUCACACCGACGCUUUGGAGUACCUGGGCAAUUCCGGUAAUAACACAACUGCCAAGAGAGAGAUCUAUGCGAUACGAAGAGUGCUGCCCGAGGAAUGGUUGAGCUUCAUGGCGUGGCCAUUGAGCGAGAUUGCCGUAGGUGGGUGA